AUGGACACGGACGCGCAAGUCGCGCACCCCUUUCCCCAACCUCCACCUUCUUCUUCUUCUUCUCUCCCCCAACUGCCGUCGCAGCAGCAGCGCUGGCCGCCGCCGCACGACCUACCUCCGUCACCGUCCUUGGCCAUCAAUUCCCUUCCCCUCUCACCACCACCCAUCCUCUCUCUCCCUCUUACUCCUCUCACCCAUCUCACCGUGACCAACCCCUCCGCCGCCACCCCGUCAUCACUGCCGGCGGCUCGCUCCCUCUCUGUUCGUCCUGCACAUUCUCCUAUCAUUCUCUUCUCUCACCAUCACCGUCCCUCCUCCCCUCAGUUGCUCACCCCUCCGGCCAAACCACCGCGCCAGCCGUCUUCACCGCCACCAUUCACGGUGGUGCCAGUUUCUGUCUCUGCUGCCCCUGUCCUAUCGAUGUCGGAUAGAGGAAAAGCUAUAGCCUCUGCUUCCAAAAAAAGGAAGCGCUCCAAGACCUCUACACCCCCACCAUCUGCUAACUAUGCAAGGAAUCCGCUGAAUGAGGAGGAGAAAGAAAAUCAGUUACUCCCGUCCACUGAUCCAACCAAAUUUCCAAAUCUCUACUACGAGCUACGCCUUUCCCGUUAUAGACCCCCGACUAGCCGCCGUUCUCGAGCUAGAGCAGCAGUCGAGGCAGCUAUACCAUCUUCUUUGCCAGCAGCCCCACCCCCUUCAGCACCCGAGCCCACUUACCUACUGGUUCAGCGUCUGUUUCGGUUCUUGGAGCACGAGAGGCUCCAUGUCAGACGCCGACUGGAUCGGAUGGAUCAGGCACUCAUCUCCCUUGGCGCUGAGUUACCUCCGCUUCCAGACUCUCCGACCUCCGAUGAGCAGGAUCAUCAGGAGGAGGAUGCGGAUGAGCCACUUCAGCGGGAUGCACCUCCAGCUGCCCCUGAUACUACAGAGCCACCACAGACUCAUAAGGUCCCAGAGCCACAGCCCGAGCCUGCGCCUAUCGUUGUACCUCCCACUGAUCCUCCGGUUUAG